AUAUUUUGUGAUGAUCAUGUCUUUCUAGAUAAAAUUUGACGCUGGGACCCUCCUUCUUAGUACACACCGACUAAUUUGGAGAGAUCAGAAAAAUCAUGAGUGCUGCAUGGCCAUUCCUCUUUCCCACAUUGUGUUCAUUGAAGAACAGGCGGCUGGAAUUGGGAAAAGUGCCAAGAUAGUGGUUCAUCUCCACCCGGCUCCACCUAACAGAGAACCGGGUCCCUUCCAGAGUAGCAAGAACUCCUACAUCAAACUCUCCUUCAAAGAACAUGGCCAGAUUGAGUUUUACAGGCGUUUGUCUGAGGAAAUGACACAGAGGAGAUGGGAGAAUAUGCCAGUUUCCCAGGCUUUACAGACAAACAGACCCCAGCCAGGAAGAAUAAGGGCUGUAGGAAUUGUAGGCAUUGAAAGGAAAUUGGAAGAAAAAAGGAAAGAAACUGACAAAAACAUUUCUGAGGCCUUUGAAGACCUCAGCAAGUUAAUGGUCAAGGCUAAGGAAAUGGUGGAAUUAUCAAAAUCAAUUGCUAAUAAGAUUAAGGACAAGCAAGGUGACAUCACAGAAGAUGAGACCAUCAGGUUUAAAUCCUACUUGCUGAGCAUGGGGAUAGCUAACCCGGUUACCAGGGAGACCUGCGGCUCGGGCACACAGUACCACAUGCAGCUGGCCAGACAGCUGGCUGGGAUCCUGCAGGCGCCGCUGGAGGAACGAGGGGGAAUAAUGUCACUUACAGAGGUGUACUGUUUAGUAAACCGAGCUCGAGGAAUGGAGUUGCUCUCACCCGAAGAUUUAGUGAACGCGUGCAAGAUGCUGGAAGCACUGCAGUUACCUCUCAGGCUCCGAGUGUUUGACAGUGGCGUCAUGGUAAUUGAGCUCCAGUCCCACAAGGAAGAGGAAAUGGUGGCCUCAGCCUUGGAGACAGUUUCAGAAAAGGGAUCCCUAACCUCAGAAGAGUUUGCUAAGCUGGUGGGAAUGUCUGUCCUCCUGGCCAAGGAAAGGCUGCUGCUUGCUGAGAAGAUGGGCCAUCUUUGCCGAGAUGAUUCAGUGGAAGGCUUGCGGUUUUACCCAAAUUUAUUUAUGACACAGAGCUAAGGGUUCUGUAUUUAAAAUAUGUCUUGUCCAGAUAGAUGCUUGUAUCAUGUAGAGGUUGGGUGAUGUCGAGCUCAGAGGAAACCUUGAUGAACUGAGAACUUCUGGAACUUUACACUAUAACAUAAAACCCUUUUAAUUUCUCCCGAAAUAUUAUGGUCCUGGAAGUUGGCUUAGGAUAAAUAUAGGAAAAUACAGAAAACUGAGUGCCACACUGAGUCUGAAAUCAUGCUACAGUUGUAUAGAACCCUCAGGGUUUAACUUGAACUAUGGUGAAUUUUAACCUGAUCCUCAAGUCCGUUUUUUUAAAGAAGGGAAUUUAGUGACUAAUGGGGGAAGACGUUGCGUGUUUGGACAGGUAAGCGAGUCCUUACUCUUCUGGUGUGACUAAAAUUCACUGAAUUAUAAACAAAGGUUUUCUCUGCAUCGAAUGUGCCCAUUAUGGGAGGGAGUUCACGAAGCAAGUCCUGCGUACAGCGCAGUAUGAACUGGCAACACCACAACAGAACCUGAAACCACACAACGCCACGGGAGGCUUCUCCCAAGUGAGGGCUCUUCCUGAGAAGCAGUUACAAGCAUGUGUUCCACGGACACCUCACAGAAGGAGAGAAUUGUAUUUGACUUACGUAUAUAUAGUCUGACUGGUUUUUUCCCCCCAAGUAAUGAUUUCAUAGCUGGCAUUUGAAGAAUGCAACUAUGUCAUUUUGUUUUAAAAAUUCUGUGGAUUUUGAAACUGAAUUAAUGCGCUGUAUAGACACGCCCAGAGAUAUGAUUACAAAUUUGGAACUCAGAGGGCUCAGGAAUUCCCUAGGAUUGAGUGGGUGGAGGGGCCGGGAGGACCUUUAAGGAGCUUACAGGAACCUUGGUGCUCUUUGACCUGGAAAGCCAGGGAUAGGAACAUAGAACGUGGACAAGUAAUCAGUCUCCUUUUCCUUCUCUUAAGGUGUUUCAACACUGAACUUUAAAAAAUGUUUCAUAUUGCAGCAGUAUUUUUUUUCUUUACCCCAUAUAUUAGAAGUUGUGUAGAGAAAUUUCUCUCACUGAAAAGUAUUACCGAGAUAACAAAAACUGGCUAAUCCUGAAUUUAGGUUGCUUGAGUUCUAAAAUGGACCGCCUGACUUCACAUGUCCCUACUAUACAGUGUACGGAGUGUUGGCGUUACUUCAAACUCAGGGACCCACAGGGACACAAGGAGAUCCCCUUCUAAGACUACAUCGAUGGUGGAAAGUAGUGACGGUCGUUGUCCAAGCCUCCAGAAGGGAAAGUGUCUGCAUUGAGAGACCUCUUGUGACCGGCGGCGGGGAGACCCGACCCGGGCUCAUGCUCUGGGAUCCCUAAGAUGGCACUGAGUGAGGGGGACGGCCACUACGAGUGCCCUUUGGGAGGUUGCAGAGAUCCUCAGCUGUAGACCCAGGGAGCCGCUCCCACUGCAGCCAGACCCCAUCUGAUCCCUGCCCGCAGACAUGGCUGUUGCCGAUUCGCAUCCUCCAGUGUUUUGGGAAUAUCCCCAUUUCCCAAACUGGUGGCUCAUUCCGUCUUGUGAUGACCGGUAUCCCCUCAUUUCCUCAUUGUUCAGCCUCAGGUUUGUUUUGGGGGAACUCAGUGUCUGGCUGCCCAUGUCUUUCAGGCCAUUGUGUGAACUUGUUUGUGUGGUGCUCCUGUUUCUGGGUCAUACACUGCCCUGGCAGACAUGUACACGCAUGUUCCUAUGCACACAUGCACACACACACAUGCCGUCUCCUCUGGCUAAGGUUUUUCAAAAAUCACACAGGUAAAUAAUAGUCUGUGUCAAAAGGUGGAAUGAAUUGCAGCUAAGAGCGUUUGAGCUCCUUGGUCUGGCUCUUAUGAUUUGGGUUCAUGACAGCAAACUCCCACAGUUCAACAUGUUUACUUACAUUUGUGUGGCGACACAUUAACAAAACCGGAGCUGUCUAAAUUGUAUAAAGUGAACUAAGAGGAAGAAAAGUGACAUGAAUAUAUUUUGCAAAUGUCACAUUAAUUAGAAAACAGGUAUGAUUGAUUUUACUGUUAAAGUGGGCAUUCUUCACUGUUUCUAGACUUCUGUAUGUAUAUUUUUGAUCCCAACCCCCCCUUUUUUUGACAAAUAAGAUGUUAUUUUGGUCCUCUAUUGGUAGAGGUUAUGUUUAAAUACAACCAAUCAGGCCCUAAAAGCAAAAAAAUUCAUCUUGGUGCUUAUCACUGGUAUGCUUAUUAUUUUUGCUUUACUAACUUUGCUCUUAGGAGCAUAAAUUUGUAGCUUUACGAUAAUGGAACUUUUCUAGUCACUGUCAAAAAAUUUUUUACAUUGUACAAGUGAAGACUGUUUUCAGGGUUAAAUGAUUGGAAUUAAUGUAUAUAGAGUAAAAUUACUGGAGAACUUGUAAAUGAUUUUUCUUAACUUGGUGUUCUUUUUAAAAUACGCUUUGAAAAACAUGAAAAUGAUAAACCUUUAAUCAGAAUAAGCCAGUACAUUAAAAUUUUUUUUUUAUUUUUGACUCAAAAUCUUACUGUUUUAGUUCUUUAAAAGAAUGGAAAAUGGCUCAUGAACUUUUUUUAAAUCCUUGAUGUGAAUUUCACUGUUAACUGACCUUGUGCAUUCACGUGAAUGUUCCGUCUCUCCAAGUAUGGUUCCCUGUGACCAGACCCGCCUGACCAGACAUGGAUGCGUCAGGCGGCCAUGCUCAUGCUCUGCCCAGCAACAUCCCUGUUUUCAUUUUGGUACAGCAGAGUUGCACCUCAUAAGAUGGUUGGAUUUUUAAAGACUGUGCCUCGGAAUGAAAUCAAGCAUGCUCAAAAUGAUCCCUGAAACUCUAUUAAAUUGCCAGUGAAGAUCUUUAUAUAGUCUUAUAACUAGAAUCCCUGUAAAUACAUGGGUAUGAAUAUAUUAUGAAAAUAGUAAGUACAAUAGACAAUAAAAACUACAUAGUAACAGUAGACAUUUAAAACACCAGUAAUUGAGCUAUUUAAACAUGUGUCUUGUUUUUGUUUUUUGGCCAUUAGUUAUGGUUGGAUUUAUGUGAAUUUUUUGCAAAUCUUAUCCCUUAUUAAGACAGAUCUAGAGUGUGAGCUCCACAAGGGGAGAGAUUUUUGUCUGGUGUGUUGGUGGGUAUAUCCUCAGAGCCCAGAACAGGACCUGCACACAGUAAGCAUUCAGUAAAUAGUAAGUGAAUGGAUGAACUCUCAUGGAUAUACCUAUUUAUAACCUGGCUCCAUUUAUCCUACUUUAUCUCCCAUUCAAUUCAAUAAAAUUUUUUUUGUUAAAAGUUCA